AUGGCGUUCGUAAGCGCUGUAACCGGUGAUGACUCCACGAAGAAAUUUAUGGAAGUCCUUCAAAAUGAUUUCAAGACUUUGAGUUUGGAGACGAAGAAGAAAUAUCCUCAGAUAAGAGAGGCCUGUGAUGAAGCCAUUGAAAAGUUGUCAUUGGCUGCCAAUAACCCUCAGGCCUCACUAUAUGGAGUGGUGAAUCAGAUUUUGUAUCCUUUGGUACAAGGAUGUGAAUCCAAGGAUCUCAAGAUUAUAAAGUUCUGCUUAGGAACAAUUCAACGUCUAAUUGCACAGCAAGGUAUAGACGCCAAAGGAGCUAGACAUGUGGUAGACUGCCUGUAUAACCUGGGGCAGGGUGGAGUACUGGAGUUGAAGCUUCUACAGACCGCUGCACUGUUGAUGACUACAUCUGAUUUGGUGCAUGGAGACACUUUAGCUAGGACAAUGGUCAUGUGUAUGCGAAUGGUGUCACCAUCAGAGAAUCGUGACGUAAGCACCAGCCACGCUGCCGCUGCCACAGUUCGACAACUAGUAGCUUUGGUGUUUGAGAGAGCUCUCGCUGAAGCUGAUGGUGUAUUGAAAGUAAAUCCUGCUGAUAUCAGACCACAGACGAACAAUAAAGCUCCAAAGGACCUAAAACCAUGUGCAGUCGACGCUUACUUAAUAUUACAGGACAUUAUCCAGCUGAUCAACGGCGACUCGGCUCACUGGUUGGUUGGUAUAUCAGACGUGCCGAAGACCUUCGGACUCGAACUCCUCGACACGGUUCUCACUGACUUCUCACCUGUAUACUUUAAAAUACCAGAGUUCAGAUUCCUGUUGAAAGAGCAUGUCUGCGCUCUUAUAAUAAGAUUAUUCUCACCGAAUGUUAAAUACAGGGCGGCGUUCACGGCGCUGCACAUCCCGGGCGCGGGCAGCACGGCCACGCCGCCCGUGGCGGAGCGCCCGCACUUCCCCGUCACCAUGCGCCUGCUCCGGCUCGUCUCCGUCAUCGUGCACAAGUACCACAGCAUAUUGAUAACAGAAUGCGAGAUCUUCCUGUCAUUGACGAUAAAGUUCCUCGACCCAGAUAAACCGAUGUGGCAAAGAGCGUUAGCUUUAGAAGUAUUACACAAAAUGACUAUCCAACCCAAUCUGUUAAAAGCCUUCUGCGAGUGUUACGACAUGAAGCCUCACGCCACAAACAUUUUCCAGGACAUAGUGAACGCUCUCGGCGCCUAUGUACAGAGUUUGUUCGUCGCCUCUAAUGUGAAUACUCCGUCUGGUUCAGCUGGUAUUCCUCAGCAGUCUGGGUUUUACUGGAAGGGGGUAUGGUUACCGCUCUGCGUCACAUUUGAGCCAGGAACUGCUAAAUCUGUAUAUAUAGAGAUGCUGGACCGCACGGAAGCGCCAACGAUACAGGACGGAUACGGCAUCUCCGUAGCGUACGCCUGUCUCAUGGAAAUUAUCAGGUCCAUAGCCAUCAGCGUAGAAGGUGCUGAAUACUUCAGACUGCAAGAAAUGUAUGAAGACAUACAGAACGAUACAGAAGAAAGAGAAGUCAAUUCAAACAAAAACACCAAUGGUAAAGAAGUGGAAACAAAACCAGACACAGUAGUAACCAACAAUGCUCAGAACGGCGAAGCUGAUCAGAACUCAAAUGUGGUGCAAAAGAUAGAGGAUGAGGUACAAGAGAAAGAGAAAGAGCUGAGAUUGCAGCUUCUUAAAUCAUCAUGGUGUGGACUAGUAUGGGGUCUAUCAGUAUUGGCUGAAGCGAGUAUUGGAGAACUAGAGAGUAUACUACGAGCAAUACAGACACUUGCCAGAGUUAGUGGGAAGACGGGGCACGCGAAGGGUCGCGACGCGUGCGUGUCGGCGCUGUGCCGCUGCGCGCUGCCGGCGCAGUACGUGGUGCCGGCGCUGGGCGCGCUGGGCGCGCUGCCGUGCCCCUGGCGCCGCGAGCCGCCGCCGCCGCCCGACCCCGACUACCGCCACCAGGUCGUGUGGGUGGGCACGCCGCUGCCCUCCGCCGAGCUGCCCAGCGGUCAACAGCAAUCGUUCGUGAUGGUAACCUCUCGACACGUGACUGCAAUGAAAGCAUUGCUGUGCGCUGCACAAAGGGAUGGCGACACGAUACAACAAGCGUGGUUGCCUGUGCUCACUACUUUACAACAUUUAGUAUGGAUCCUGGGGUUGAAGCCGUCCACUGGGGGCAGCAUGAAGGCUAGCCGAGCCAGCGCCGACGCCAACGCGGUCAUGAGCACCUCCGCCGUCAUGGCUGACCUACCGGGGCAGCAAGUUCCCGUAGCGGAGUCACUGGGAGUCAUGAGCGCUUUAUCAGCCAUGUUGUCACGCGUCUUCGAGUCGUCCAAGAACCUCGAUGAUGUAGCUCUUCAUCAUUUAAUUGACGCGCUGUGCAAGUUAUCCAACGAGGCCAUGGAGUUGGCGUAUUCAAAUAGAGAACCGUCAUUAUUCGCAGUGGCAAAGUUACUAGAAACCGGCUUAGCUAAUAUGCACAGGAUUGAAGUGAUGUGGAGGCCUAUCACCAAUCAUCUGUUAGAGGUUUGUCAACAUCCCCACAUACGGAUGCGAGAGUGGGGAGUAGAAGCUAUUACUUAUCUUGUUCAAGCAGCCUUCCAAUAUCAUCAUAAUAACCCAGUUUUGGUUACGGAGGCCCGCGAGCGUCUGCUGCUGGAGCCGCUGUCGGAGCUGUGCAGCGUGCGGCAGUGCGACGUGCGCGCGCGCCAGCUGGAGUGCGCCGCGCGUCUGCUGCACUCGCGCGGGGACCAGCUCGGCGCCGCCUGGCCGCUCAUGAUGGAGAUCAUCUCGGCUAUAUCCCCGCACCACAGUGAACAACUCAUCAGGUCAGCCUUCCAAUGUGCUCAAGUUGUAGCGGGAGACUUGUUAGGGUGUGCCGGUCCAAGAUGUUUGCGGCAAGUUCUGGCAGCAGCGGCUGCCUUCGCUACCCAGACUAAGGAACUGAAUAUUAGUCUGACUGCUGUUGGACUUAUGUGGAAUAUAUCAGAUUACCUGUAUCACAAUCGCGAUAAGCUAGUAGCUGCGCUGGCCAGCGACGCGGCCGUGUGUCCCGAGGUGCCCAACCAUGCUGAGUUACCGCCUUUGGAUAAGCUCUGGAUGUGUCUGUACAUCAGACUAAGCGAGCUGUGCACGGAGCCGCGCGCGCCGGUGCGGCGGGCGGCGAGCCAGACGCUGUUCAGCUGCAUCGGCGCACACGGCACGCUGCUGAGCAAGCCCGCCUGGCGCGCGUUGCUCGCCGUGCUCUUCCCCAUGCUGGACCAGGUACAAAAGCAGUCUAACAUAGCAAGUUCGGAGAAGGUAGAUACCGGCGAACAUAUACUAAUACAUCACACGAGGAACACAGCGCAGAAGCAGUGGGCAGAGACACAGGUGCUAACCCUAUCAGGGGUGUCCCGUGUGUUUCACUCGCGGUUCCAACUUCUCACAACAGUAGGAGAUUUCAACAGGUCGUGGACAGCGUUGCUGGAUUAUAUUACUGAUUUUGCAUUAAGACGGAGUCACGAGGUGUCGGUGGGCGCGCUGAAGUCGUUCCAGGAGGUGGUGUCGGCGGCGGGUCGCGCCACGGACGUGCCGGCGCCGCUGCUGCGCCGCGCCUGGGCCGCCGCCUGGGCCGCCUGGGGCAACAUCGCCGGCGCCGACCCGCACCGCCCGCACCCGACCGAAGACGGCAAACCGGUGGAGGUGUACGCUCCAUCUUUAAACUUUCUCACCACGCUCGUACAGAUCUUCCCUCUCAUCUUCCAGCAUAUACGCCCUACGCUGUCGGACGGCGACGUGCGGCGGCUGGGGUCGUGCCUGGCGCGCGUGUGCAGCACGGAGCCGUCGGCGGCGGCGUCUGCGCUGGAGUCGCUGACGCCCGCCGCGCCCGUCAGCCUGCACGCGCUGCACUGCCUCGAGAUCGUGCACAAGGUACGGCCGCCAUUUUUAUCACUUCUUCCGUAA